AGAUAGCAUUGAGUUGAUUGUAUGGUGAUUUACGUAUCAUUAUUGAUUGUUCUUGGUGAUUGUUUUUUGAUAAAUUUGCCGUUUACAAUAACAAAAUGUACAAGUAUCAAAAAACGCUCAACGAGUUGAUUAAAUAUCAAUUGUGUUGUUUCGUGAUCCCGUUAUGAGUAUACAGUUAACCACAUCAAAAUAUUUCUUUUUGUGACAAAAUAAUGCAUGCAUUCUCACUUCCAUAUAGUUCAUCUCCAAAGCAACAGCUCUCUAAAGUGGAUUUUAUUUCACACCACUAAUUAACUGAUUGACAUCAUGAGCUCUAUAAAUAAUUAUGGAUAUGAACCUAACAGCAGCCAAAUAAUAUAUCAAAAUCUAGACAGCACAGACCAACAGUCUCUUAAAAAUUUAAUAGCGGAGUUGACGAUGGAAGUGCGGGCUUUAAAGACAGAAGUGAAGGAGCUAAAGGAAGAAAACAAAAUAAAUUUGUUGAAGCUGACAGAGGAAGUUAUUGCGGUCAAAUUGGAAAACAGGGGAAAACCCUCAGAAAGUCAAAGCCCACAAUUCGACCAACUACCAUUUUACCAUAAGAAGGAUCUUGACGAUUUCGAAGCACAGCUUUUACAAAAGCCAGAGUUGUUGGAGAAAUUUAUAUUUGUCAUGAAAUGUUUCAAGUGGACGAAAAAGCCGUUAGAUCAACGCUACAAAAACAUUUCGUUUAUGCAAACGAAAGAGUAAAAAAACGCCGUCUACCUUUGU